ACGUCUAUCGCAAGAGUCAAGAGAGUCUUGUUGGAGAUCGCUAACAGGCUCGAGAUCAACGUUGAAGGCAUCGACAUGGAGGAGGAUUUGAACACCAAGUCCUGGAACGGGUCCAAGCUAUGCAUCCUCCUCGGCUCCACGGAGGAUGCUCGACGCAUGAUGAAGGAGCUGCCCUUCUAUCUCGAAGGCGCAGCAACCAAGCUCGAAGCAGUCGGCUUCGACAAGGAGCCUGACUCUGAGGCGGCUGGUCAGCGGGGCACCAGCGACGCAGCGCAGCGACAGGAGGAGAGCGAGGGAGAGUGGCUGGAGUUUACAGACCUGGAGAGGAUCACAAUGGAGGCAGCAUCUCCGUCAAGCCAAGAGGACAUGCAGCUCGUCAGCGAGCUGUCAGCAGUCAUCGAAGAUGCAGCUUCUUUGAACGAGGCGGGGACGAGCGAGCCGAUCAAGCUGGUCCUGGACAAGGCCGUUGGCAACCUCCACGACACCUUCUACUCUCCGGGGAGCCUGGAGUUCAUGUCGCUGGGAGAGUGGGCGAAGAUGCCAGAGGAGCAGGGAGUUGGGCGCAACGUUCUCAAGGAGAAGCUGGGGAAGUGGCUGCAGAGCAAGCGCUGGACUCGCGUGCAAGGAGAGAGCAAGAAGGCAAGGAGGGGCAGCGCGUUCUCGCCACGGGCAACGGCAGCUGCUGAGCUUGAGCAGGAGGCGGAGAGCGACGACAUAGAGCGUCGAUCUCUUAGCUUCCUGUUCAUAGCACUGAGUAAAUUCGCAGAGAUGCAUGUGCUGGCCUGCUCGCUGAAGGUGGACAAGAAGGACCGACUGCGGGUGGAGAUGAGGGAAGAUGACGAAGAAGAGGAAGACAUGGAGGAAGAGCAAGGCGAGGGCGAGGAAGAAGACGGGGCGAGCCCGUACCGAGCUUGAGCUGAGCUCAAGGUAAGUAGAGAAGGUGGAGGCGACCGAAGGCCAAGGUGAGGAGAGGCAACUCUCCUGACUGAGGCUGAGGAAGCUGAAUGGAGGAGGAGUAGGUGGCGACCGAAGGCCAAGGUGAGGAGAGGCAACUCUUCUGACUGAGGCUGAGGAAGCUGAAUGGAGGUAGAGUAGGUGGUGACCGGCCAAGGUGAGGAGAGGCAACUCUUUUGACUGAGGCUGAGGAAGCCAAGAGAAGACAGCAAAAGUAGAAAGUAGAAAAUUGCAAACGCCCACAACGAGGCCGAGCAACAUUCUAGCAUUCUAAUAAACUCACAUAAUAAU